UGUUUAUUCGAGGUUGUUGGGACGCACACGCCUCCCACCUGCUCCUCAGCUUUCUCUCUCUGCCUCUAUUCUCUACCUCUCUCUCUCUUUAAACACUUUUCUCUCAGCUUCCCAAGAUGGCGGCAGCCUCGUCCAUCCAGCCGCCGAUCGUUCACUCUUCUCUCACCCGGGACAGCGCACUCUCCCCGGACAUGGACAGCCCCGAAAGCAGGCAGCCGGAGGAUGAGGAGGCGACGGCGGCCGCAGCGCAGCCCUCCGAGUCCUGCGUCUGCCUCCGCGACCUGCCGGACCUAGAGCCGGAGGAGAUCGAGAGGAGGCUGGCCAAAACUCGCAGGGAGCUGAGCAACAGGAGGAAAAUCCUCAUCAAAAACCUGCCGCCCGACACCUCCAACCAGGAAGUCCAUGAAAUUCUUAAAGAAUAUGAGCUAAAGUACUGCUUCGUGGACCGCAACAAAGGCACAGCCUUUGUGACUUUGCUGAACGGGGACCAGGCUCAGGAUGCCAUCCGCUCCCUCCACCACAGCACUGUCCGAGGACGCCUGAUCAACGUCACGCUGCAGCCCACAGAUUCCCUGCUCUGCCUCACCAACCUGCCCCACACCUUCACGGCGCAGCAGUUCGAGGAGUUGGUGCGUUUGUAUGGAAACAUAGAGCGCUCCUUCCUGGUUUACAGUGACCUAACGGGCCACUCCAAGGGAUAUGGGUUUGUCGAGUACAUGAAGAAGGACUCUGCUUCAAGAGCCCGCUCGGAGCUGUUGGGUCGCCCUCUGGGGGAUCGGUCGCUGAUGGUGCAGUGGAUGGAUGUCAACCAGCUGAGCCAGGAGGAGAACCUUCAUUCAAAGUGUUUGUGUGUCGACCGGCUGCCUCUUGACCUCUGCGACUCCGAGGAACUCGCUCAACUCUUCUCUGAAACAUAUAAACCAAUUUUCUGCCAGCUCGCUCAGGAUGAAGGGAGCUCGGUGAGAGGCUUUGGUGUGGUGGAGUAUGAGAGCGCAGAGCAGGCUGAAGCCGUGCUGACUGAGAUGGACCGAACUCUGGUGGGCGGGCAGGAGGUUCGUCUGUCGCUUUGCACCCCCGGCACCUCUGGGAGAAGUACCUUGGCUGCUCUCAUUGCCGCCCAGGGAAUGAUUCUCAGUAACAGGAAAGGCUUACUACCAGAACCGAACCUGGCUCAGCUGUUGACAAGUAUGACCAAUCCAGCUGCCCUGCAGAUCCUUAUGAGGCCCUACCAGGGUGGGAAAAGAGGAGGAAAGUACGGGCGUAAUGCCGGCCUGCCCUUCCUCAGACCUCCUCUCACUGCGGCUCUGCUUACGCUGGGAAAAGCUCACCAGAACGCCAUGGUGGGUAACGGACUAGUCCUCCAGAACCUCCUGCACAUGCAGCUCGCACAGCAGCAGCUUCUUCACAUCAAAGACAAGCGAAUCAGCAGUGUCACCAGUCUGCUUGGAGACCCUUCCAGGCUGCUGAUGCAGAAAGCUCUGUCUCUGAGGCCUCCAGGUCUCCUAUCACUGGGUAAAGGCAUCUUAGGUGACUCUCCUACAGAGCUGCUCCAGGAGCCUGUGCCAUCAACUACCCACAACUCUGCAGUAGUGGCUUCAGCAGCCGGGGUGAUGCCGUUUCUUCAGGGUCGAGGAGCAGGAACAGGAGGAGGAGACCAUAACAUCUCCCUGUCUGUGUCAACAGCCCCUUCUGCUUCCUCCUCUUCCUGUUCCACCUCCUGCGACAGACAGCCGGCUCCUCCUGGGACGUUGGGGAGCUCCCAGCCACAGGGACAGAGCUACUCUUUGGGUAUAAGUAACUCAGGCCUUGGCCCGCCUCCACCUAAACCCCCUGGAGGAGUGUAUGCAUCAUCCGGCCAGCACAACAGCUCAGAUGGUAACAGUCUGACUAACAUGGUAAACAGUGGACAGAAUUCUCUAUUAGGCGAUCCUCCUAAAGAAGUCAGACUUCCCUCUAAUCCAUACCUGAACUUGGCCAGUGUGAUGCCGGGAGUCGUUCUGCAAAACUCCGUGGCUAAUAAGCCUCAGGGAGGACAGCCAGGCGCCGGGGUGUAUGGGAACCCGGUCGCUCCCAUGGUCUCCCAGGGUUCGACCUCAUUCUCCCACAGCGUCGCAGCUACCACACCCGCCCCGUACAGCUCUGACGCCUCCUCUGACUUCACCCAGUACAACCAAGCGUACACACAGGAGGCCAUGCACCAGUGGUACCAGCACUACCAGGCAGCACAGGCCCACACCUACGGUACCGCUGCCCCACAGGACGGCGCAGCUGCAGACUACAGCAAGGAGCAUGCACAGGUUCCUGCUGCCUCCACCUAUGGGGAUUACACCACCUACAUGCAGGCUGUGACUCAGUACUACUCCCAGCCUCCAACAACAAACCAGGCCUUCGCCAGCAAGGAAGUAGAGGUGUGUAAGUCUCUGGGAGUCCCUCUGCAUGCAGUCAGUAACGGUCCAGCACCUCCUGCAGCGGUUCUGCCUGCCACAGCCGUGCUCCCAGCCUACAGCGCCCUUCCUUUAAUGCCUGGCUUUCUCGGAGCACCACAUCCCCCUCCAGCUGGUCCCAGCUCUGUCACGCACGCUCACACGGCGGCCACAGACUGGAACACGUACUACUAUAACCAGACCCGGGGGAUAAAGAGGGACUACCCUCAGCUUGCAGUGCAGGAGGCGCCGCCAUCGGAGAGUGCGUAUAUCGGGCAGCACUCCCAGGGCCUGGGAGGCCAGUACGCCGACUACUUUAAGAGGAAGAGGCUGUAGAGUACACCAAAUGACCUUAAAGCCCACAGCUCCAGGGGGAGACACAAACCAGCUGGAUGUCACGGCUCCCUCUAGUGGCCUUUUCUGUGGCUGCCAUUUUGCAUCCCUGCAGUAGGUGUGGAGUUAUGUCAGAUCAGGGCUGCAGAUGGCUGGAUUGAAAACAAGCCAUAGUGCUCUUUGAUUUCCAAACUUUAGUUCACUCUUUCACAGUAUUUGCUUUUGUCUUGUUCAAGCCUUAAUUAUUUAUCUUAAAUGUUUGUUUCUAUGUCCCUGUUCCUAACUAAUAUUAUCCUGUACAGUUUUUCCAACAUAAUCCAAACUAAAGUAGAUUAUAUCUGUGUGUAGAAGCUGCUUUUUUUAUUUGCAGGCAGCUGACUUUUCCAGAUGCUGAAACUGCCCAAACAGUCGGUCCUCUCUGCGUCUUUUUUUUUUUUUGUUGUUAAAGAAAAACUCAGAUUUGAUCCGUUUGUUCUAGCUUCACUGCCUUUUAUUACCCAGGAUCCUCUCUAAACCUACCUAAGGGAUGUGUGCGUGUGUUUGCGUUUUGCUUUGCUGUUAUCAGUAGGAAGUGUCAGCCAUUUCUCUCCCAGGUGUUGGGAGCACAUCAGGAAAUAAAAGGGUCUAAACCAAUCAGAGCCCUUAAAGGAAAAGUCGGGUCAGAUUCAGAAUUCAAACUUCUGAAAGUACUUUAAAUAUAGAAUUAUUACAAAACUGUUAAAUAAAUGAUAAGUGUUUUAAUUAAUAGUAAUUUUUAAUUUGAAUGUGAUUUAUUGGAGACAUCCAUGUUUGUCAAAGAACGCUAUUGCCACCUACCAGUUUGUGACGUCAUAGUGCCGUAUCGGCUGUUGAACAAGUCCCAGUGCUUUAUCUGGUGUUUGUCACAAUGUGCUAUUAUCCAAUCAUCUUGAAAACAUUCUUCUUUGAAAUGUUAGUUAUAUAUUAUUUUUCUCUGG